UCCCUUUCAAGCGCUCUGCUAUCAAGCAAGUUAAACAGAGAAAUGGCUCUCAGAUCGCUAGACAAUGCUCUUCCAAUUGUACCUGAAAGGCCCAAAAAACUCGCAAAAGCCGCCGUUUGCAUCCCAAAAUCAUCGGAUUUGGGCGUGAAUGAUGAAAACAAGGUUCCAAUGCCAGCAGCGGGAACUGGUGAUUCGGCAAUUGAUUAUAUUGCUUCAGAUGAUCUCAAACCCAUUGAAGAUCCCGAAACCAAGAUUCAAACUUUGAUGGAGGAAUUAGAUUCAAAAGACUGGAUGAAAGUGUGCGAGUCACUGAACCAUGCCAGAGGAUUUGCGAUCCAUCACCCAUCAUUUCUGCUCCCGAUUUUGGAUAAAGUGAUGUUGGUGAUGGUGAAAUCGACGAAUAAUCCUAGAAGCGCUUUGUGCAAGGUCUCCAUCAUGGCUUCCUCCGAUAUCUUCAAAUCCUUCGGGGAGAAGAUAGUAUCAUCCGAUGCCUUUGACCCUUUGCUGCUCCAGCUUCUGCUGAAGGCGUCUCAGGAUAAAAAAUUUGUGCGAGAAGAAGCAGAAAAGGCGCUGCAAGGAAUGGUGGAGUCCUUGCCCCCUCUUGCUUUGCUUAAUAAGCUCCUGGUUUGUGUCACGCACUCCAACCUCAGAAUCAGAGCAAAAGCUGCUGUCUCCAUCUCAAAAUGCGUCUCCAAGAUGGGACUGGAAGGAAUGAAGGAAUUCGGCUUGGUUUCGUUGAUCCAAGUUGCAGCGGAUUUGUUGAAUGACAGACUACCGGAAGCACGAGAUGCAGCUCGGAGCACCGUGAUUUUGAUAUACGAAGCAGUUAUUCAAGGGGAGGAGCAGAAUGAUCAUGAUGGACUGUCUCCCAUGGAGUUGUGGCAGAGCUUCUGCUGUUCUAACUUGACAGCCAUUCAAGCUCAGUCCAUGACUAAAAUAAUCCCUUCUUAGUUGCAGCAGCGGCAACAAUAGUAGUUAGCAGAUUUAUUAGUAAUAUAGAGUGUUAGUAGUUACCAAAACUUCAGUUUUAUGUAAAAUGCAGUUUUACAUGAGCCCUCUUCGCUCAGUGUUGCCAUGAAAGUUCUAAAUAAGGAGUUCUGUUUUG